AUGGAUCGCUAUCCCCCUAGUGGGCUCUCCAUUAUUAUAGUCGGGGGUGGAAUAGGAGGCCUCGCGUUUGCGAUUGAGGCGUAUCGCAAGGGUCAUGAGGUCCGGGUCCUGGAGAAACGGCCAAGUUUUAAAGGUUAUGGGGACCUACUCCUGAUAGAAUGCAAUGCCCUCCACACUGUCAAGAAAUGGCCUGGUUUCUUCGAAAGACUGGAGGCCAUAUCUUACAAAACCCAGCGAAACGUGAAGAAGUUCGACGGAACUUGGAUUGGGAGCUGGCCUAUUGGUGAUGGAGAAAAUAAAUCUGCAGCCAUUAACCGUUCCGAGCUUCACGGUUUGCUUUGGGACUAUGUGCAGGAACUGAGUAUCACAGUAGACUUCGACAAAGCGGUGGAUGAAUACUUCGAGAGUGACACGAAGGGAGGCGUCGUUCUACAGGACGGACAGAGGCUUACGGCAGAUAUCGUUGUCGCGGCUGAUGGUGUUGGAUCGAAGUCAUGGCCUUUGGUCCUGGGGCAAAAAGACAAACCCAUCAGCUCGGGCUUUGCCUGCUAUAGGGCGACUUUCCCGGCGGGUCCAGCCCUGGAGAACCCGAUCAUUGCAAAGGAGUUCCAGGGCCAUGUGGAUCGUGCUUCGAUCCACUUAGGUCCCGGAGCACAUAUGGUUGUCGGCAAAAACGAAAGACAGAUAUGCUAUAUAUUGACCCAUAGGGAUGACCACAAUGCCGAGGAGAAUUGGGAUAAGAUGGUGUCUACCGAUACUGCCCUACAGUAUAUCGCGGGCUGGGAGCCAUUCUUAACGGAGAUUGUCAAGGCAACACCAGGUCACCGUUGCACAGACUGGAAGCUGUUGUGGCGUAACCCGCAACCAAAGUGGGCCUCACCUAAUGCUCGUGUGAUCCAGCUUGGAGACGCCGCACAUUCAUUUUUACCCACGUCGGGGAGCGGAGCGGCAAUGGCCAUGGAGGAUGCGUACUCUCUGGCGACCUGCCUACAGUUAGGUGGGAAGACCAACGCUCCCCUGGCUGUAAGGGUUCAUAAUCAACUAAGGUUUGAGCGCGUGUCGUGUGCCCAGAAAAUGGGCUUUCACCACCGAGAAAAGUUCCACAAUACGGACUGGGACGAGGUUUCCAGAAAUCCGGAUAUCCUGAGCAAAUCUACUGCAAACUGGAUUAUGCGCCACAACCCGGAGCAGUAUGCAUAUGAAAACUACGAUAGCUGUGCUCGUCAUAUUCUGGCAGGCAAAGAUUUCCAGAACACCAAUAUCCCCCCGGGCUACAGGUACGAGCCAUGGACCGUCAAGGAGCUUAUGGACGCUUCGGACAGACACGAGCCAGUCGUCGACAAAGGCGACUGGUCUUGA